AUGUCCAACUUUGACGUGGAUAUCGGUGCAAUGGACGAAGUGAUAUUCAGACUCCAAGGCAUAGUUAGCGACAAGAUGCUACCACCAAUGGCAAAGCCUGCUUCCCGCGACAGAACGGUCAAGCAACAACCAUAUUUACGUACCGCCAUUGCUAUCACGGGACUCGGAGACAUUGUGUUCAAUAAGGUGAUGGAAAAGCUAGAAGAAGUUUUCCUCCGUUUUGCAAACAAUUUUCCCGCGGACAGCGUCAGCGGCUAUGACCCAGUUCUUCACAAAGACACGGGUUUCAAUGUUUUCCAUGCGCAUAGCCAAUAUUUCACGAAGUUUCUUCGUCGGGAGAUACUUCCUGACGGAACAGCCAGAUAUUAUUCUUAUAAUCCUGCCUCCAUACAAAUUGGAAACAUUGUCGAGAUCAGUGUUGCCUUUGUUGCAUUUCCUGCCCAAGGAAACAAGUACAAAUUUGUUGUCGCUCUUCGCGGAAUACUUGCCUUGGACCAGGAGGCAAGAGAGAAAGCUGAUAUUCUCAGAAUGCGGUCGCGCUAUACUCCAGCGAAAAGACAGGUUGCUGUUUUGUGUAGGACAAAGAGGCAGCUGUACAAAGGUCAGAUUGACAUUGAAGACACGCAACAGAGGAUGGCACGUAUGCGCUUAAAUGAGGACACAGUCCACAAUAGCAAUACUAUGUCCCAAGAUUAA